AUACCAUUUAUUUAUACUCAUUAUUAUUUUUUAUUAAAAUUGCUGCCUAAUCCUUACUUUUCGAAUUACUCAUUUCCCAUAUCUUCUUCUAUUGUUUUUCUCACCUUUAGAACGGAUAUUGAAAGCGACGUCACACAACCAACGCCAAACAAUCUCUACUUACCUACUCAACCUUUGAAGGACAACUCGAAUAUUAGGAUUAUCAAAGUCAAUUCUGAGUAUACACAGUCGGUGGAUAGCACAACAGCUGCAUUAAAGCAACACCAACAACAGCCACAGGCGACUACGACCAUCACCACUACUACAGCAGCAGCGAAUAAUAGUUUUAACAAUCAUUUGAAUAACAAUAACAAUAAUAGGAACGCUAAUACAGUUAACAACAAAAACAACGAACGCCCGCUUAAGUGUCUCGAAACACUCGCACAAAAGGCGGGAAUCACGUUUGACGAGAAAUACGAUUUCGCUAGUCCACCGUAUCCGGAUACGCAUAUUAGUAGCGCCAGUAACGGCAACAACCACUACAGCCAUAAUCCCAACGUCAGCUAUAGGCAUACUUUAGGAGUGAGCAGUGGUGGAGUUUCAUCGUCGUCGUCGUCGUCGUCGUCGUCGCAUUCAUCCGCUUCAUCGACGACCUCAUCAGCAUCAUCCACAUCUUCGACUUCUUCGACAUUUGUCAGCUCAUCAACGCCAGCAGCAACGGCUAUCGCAUCCACUUCGACACCGCAGAAAAACUUCACGCUGGAGAAAUCACAGAGUCCAGCUCAACAAGUGGCGCCUUCAUCGGUGCCACUACAAAUCUCACCCGAACAAUUACAGCAGUUGCAACAACUGCAACUGCAACAUGGCUCGCCAUUCACUGCCAUACAGGUGAAACAGGAAUUUCCUACGCACACUGCCACCACACAUCAGCUGAGCGCUGCCGGGGCGGGCGGGGAGCUGAAGCACCCCGGUUUGUUGGAUCCCACGCAGGCCAAUCAGCUGCAACAAAUGCAAAUGCAGUUGGCGGAUCCUACAGCCGGUGCGCCCGGCAGUCCGGCUAAUCAGCAAACACCAAGUAGCGCGGCCGCUGCUGUUGCUGCGAUGCAGCAGCAUUCGACCACCAUAAGUACUAUGUCGCCGAUGCAGUUGACCGGACAGGUGUUGGGUGAUUGGGCACAGGGGCGUACGGUGCAGUUGAUGCCACAACAAACGGCGCUUAAUUCGGGUUUCCUGUAUCCACAACUCGUUUCUGGCAACUUGAUACACUCGAAUUUGGGACAGCAGCCGAUACAGGUUAUCGCUAGCAAGCCGUUUCAAGGUGGCACGCCUCAAAUGAUUACCACCACCACGCAGAAUGCUAAGCAAAUGAUCGGCGGUAAUGCAGGGUUUCCCAACACCUACGCCAUACCGUCCAGUCAAUCGCCACAGGCGCUCCUUUUCACGCCCGUGCUCGCACAAUCGCCGCAACAGCAACAGAAUAUAUUUAAUUCCAUGGCAGCUGCAGCAGCUAAUGCUCAACAACAGCAACAGCAACAACAACAGCAACAGCAGCAACAACAAAAUGCAAAGGCCACAAGCGAUGCGCAGAAGGGUCUGCAGCAGAAGGUCGUACAAAAGGUGACAACCACCACGAAUACAGUGCAAUCGGCCGCGGGCGCCGCCGGUGCUGUGGCUCAGCAGCAGCAACAGCAGCAGCAGUCAACGCAACAAUGUGUGCAGGUGUCGCAAGCUACAAUGCCGACACAGAUAAUUAGUCCUCUGCAAAACGCCACUGGUGCACCGCAAAUGCAAAUUGGCCCAUGGGUGCCGUUUUGGUCGAAUGGCCUACAACAGUUGCAGAAUCCAAUUAUAAUACGCGGCACGCAGGCGGAUGGUACGCAGAGCAUGUUUAUUCAGCAGCCGGCUUCGCAUCAAACAAUACAGGCGCAGCAGCAGAAUCCCAUCACCUUACAGUGCAACGUCGCACAGCCCGCUGUCAAGCCGCGUCAACAAAUAGAAGCGCUCGCGCCCAAACAACAGCAAACCCAUCAACAACAGGCACAGCAGCAGCAGCAGACGGCGCAGGCCGUCGUCGCAGCCGCCGCUCAAUUGCAGCAACAAGCCGUUACAGCUAGCCAAUUGCAGCAGCAAGUGGCGCAACGCGUGCCGCAAAUAUUGCCGCAAAAUGGCGCUCAGAUACGUCCGGCUAGUUCGGUGUCGACGCAGACUGCCCAAAAUCAAAGUUUGCUAAAGAAGAUGCGCACCAAGCAGCAGCCAGUGCGGCCAGCACUGCCGACAAUGAAGACUGAAAAUGGCCAGCCGCAGCAGCUGAAGCCCCAAACGGUCGCCACGGCAGCUGGGUUGCAGCAGCAAGGCGCAACUAUGCAUCAGGUGGUUACGCCUGCGGGUAAAAUGGUUGUGAUGUCAACCGGGCCGCCGAUAACCAUACAAAAUGGACAGGCCAUACAGCAGGCCACCACGACUGGCCAUGUCGACAAGCAACAGCAACAGCAGCAGCAAAUUCAAAUACAGCAGAUGCAGAAGCAGCAGCAGCAACAACAACAGGCUCUACUGCAGCAGCACUUGCUACAGCAACAAUUUGCAUCGGCUAUACAAAUGCAACAACAGCAGCAACAACAACAACAACAGCAACAGUUGCAACAACACCAACACCAGCAGCAACCGCAACAGAUACAGUUGCAGGUGACGCCACAAACAUUCAUCACACAGCAACAGCAAGCGCAACAACAACAACAACAGCUACAAACUCAGUUGCUGCAACAGCAGCUAGUUCAACAACAACAGCAGCAGCAGCAACAGCAACAGCAGCAGCAGCAGCGUGAGCAACAACAGAAUAUAAUACACCAAAUCGUCGUGCAACAGCAGCCACAGCAGCAACAGGCUCAGACUCAUGCCCAGCAGCAGCAGCAGCAACAACAACCACAACAGCAGCAGCAAACGCAUUUACCACCGCAGAUUGCCGGCGUACCCUUCUCGGUGUCCUCUUCGACGCCAUCAAGCAUAGCCUCGUCCGCAGCCGCCGCGCUGCAGCAACAUGGCGUCUAUCAGUCGAAGGCCUCGACGCUGCCAACAACGUCAGUGGUGACUAUCACUAAUCAGGCUGGACCAUUGGUCACCAGCACCAUUGGCAUUAAUCAGACGGCACAGCUGCAGCAGCAACAACAACAGCAGCAGCAACAGCAACAAGCACAGCAGGCGCAACAACAAGCGCAGCAACAGCAACAAGCACAGCAGGCGCAACAACAAGCGCAGCAGCAGCAACAACAACAGCAAAGUUUACUGGCCGCAACUCUUGCCGCCUCGCAGCAGCAGCAGGCACAACACCAGGCGCAGCAGCAGCAGCAGCAAGUACAACAGGCGCAACAACAAGCACAGCAGGCGCAACAGCAACAAGCACAGCAGGCGCAACAGCAACAAGCACAGCAGGUGCAACAACAGCAGCAGCAAACCCAAAUGGCUCCGCCAUCCGCUCACCCACUGCCACAGCCCAGCAUGGUUUCCACACCCACACAGAGUCCACUGCUCGGCCUCACAUCAAUGAUGAACGCAUCCAUGGGCGGUAGCAUACAGUCCUCGCCGGUUACAUCAACUGCUGCAGCGUCAGCCACCAUGUCUUCGCCUCUAAAUAGCGGCGCUGGAGGUGCUGGUGGUGUGACAUCCGUUUCCUCUUUGCCCAGCACACCUAUCAAGUCGCUCGCAAAUGACCAGCAGCAGCAACAACCGCACCAACAACAACAGCAGCAGCAGCAGCAACAACAGCAGCAGCAACAACAGCAUCAGCAUCAACAACAACAACAACAGCACCAACAAUUGCAACAACAAUACAAAAACACUUUGUCCAUGCAAUCGACCUCACAUAUGUCGCUGUUGGGUGGUAUUGCAUCAGAAGCCACUCGCGCAAUGCAAAUUUCAUCGGCCACUUCGUCGGCCAAUCAAAAUAAUCAAAUGAAUACCAGUUUAAAUAAUAAUUCCACGGUCACGAUUUCGGUUGGAGCGGGAGCGACAUCAGCGUCGGCGGAAUUGAAGGAAGCAGCAGCAAAGGCAGCAUUGGGCUCUCCCAAAGUUACCGCACCUCAACAGCCGCCUAUUAUAGAAUCAGCAACGUCGUCAUCGUCAUCGUCAUCCACAAUGCAGCAGCAGCAACAACAACAGAACCAACAUCAGCCACAAUCUAACAUAACUAAUUCUACGAGUGUUAGUGGCACUGUCGCUACUGUGGCAACCACUGCCACCUCACCGUCCUCACCGAAUGCAGAAGCAGCUAAAACUCCAAUUGCAAUGGAUACAACACCGCCACCUGUAACGCCGCCAGCAACCACCACACCGACUACAACGGCGGCGGCAUCGCCGACGAAGAAUAUAGCGAAUGUAACCUCCAUUACGCAACCUACCACAUCGUCGCCAACUAAAGGCACUGUUGGUAAUCGCUCAAAUGACCCCAUCAAAACCGGCAACGCUGAGGUUGAAAAAGCCGCAGCAACUGCAUCUUCUGCAAAUGAUGAAAUUACUACUCCAGCUCCUAAGCUAACGAAUGCAGUCUCGACAAGCAUACCCACCACCAUGCCCAAGAACACUUCCAGUGUGGCAAGCGCAAAAGUGGAAAAGGACCUCCCGAAAGCCAUGAUCAAGCCCAAUGUGUUGACACAUGUCAUAGAUGGUUUUAUAAUACAAGAGGCCAACGAACCAUUCCCUGUGACACGGCAACGCUACGCAGAUAAGGAUGCGGACGACGAACCGCCCAAGAAAAAAUCGGCUAUGGACGAGAAUUCGCACAAUGCUAUCAAUCAAACCAACGGACAGACUUCUCUACCACCCGACAUGAUCGCAUGCGAGCAUUGCGGCAAACCUGAGCACAAAGCUAAGCUGAAGAAGAAACGUUUCUGCUCGCUAACGUGUGCCCGACAAUCGAAGGCUUCCAUGAGCGAGCAACCAACAGAGGCGCCCACACAAAGCAAUACCAGCAAUACUGUGGCAAGCAACCAGAAUGCUGCUGCUGAUGCCAAGGCCAUUGCUGAAAUCUCCAGUAUUACGAGCAACGCAAAUAACGCAGCUGCACCUGAGAAAAUGCAAACUGAACCCAUACCGUCGGCGCCAGUCACUGCCUACAGCAAUAGUGCUGCCCAAAAUGGCGCUGCUAGGCUUGAAAAUGCAGCAGCUGUUGCUGCCGUUGUUGCUGCUGAGGCGCAACAGGUGGCCAAUGUUGCGGCCGCCAAUGCUGUUGCUGCCGCAGCUGCAGCUUCUGCAGCAACUGGAUCUGCUGGUGGUGCGCAUGCAGCGGCCACACCUGCCGAACGCCCGGCAAUGGCCGAUUGGAGUGUGGCUGAAGUAUGCGAGUUCAUACGCCAUUUGCCUGGCUGCUUGGACUAUGUGGAUGAUUUUGAACAGCAAGAAAUUGAUGGACAAGCCUUGAUGUUGCUCAAGGAGAAUCAUUUAGUGAAUGCGAUGGGCAUGAAGUUGGGACCAGCGCUAAAGAUUGUCGCAAAAGUUGAGUCGAUGAAGGAGCAGACGCCAGCGCCUAGUGCCGAUAAAGAGGCACAACAGUAGAAGCGGCGCUUAAAAUUUUGUAAAUAAAUGAUUUUGAAGCGAUAUUUUUCUUCAACAAUUAAUAGCAUAAAAGGAGUUAAGCAAGCGAGUAAAUGCUCUAUCUUAUAUACAUACAUACAUAAGUAAGCUCUGUACAUAAAGUAGUCGAAGGAAAAUGAUGAUAAGUUCUAUAUAUGGGUAACUUUUUUAACUACUACUACUACUCCUGAAAUCGAAAUAACUAUGAAUAUAAAUAGUUUUAUGUAAACAUUAAGUGUGGAAAUAUAAACAUAGAAUUAAACUGCGCGCGUUAUUUAUGCUAAGUGAGAUUAGAAGUAUCUUUCACUAUAUUUAAGUAUUACUUUAGAGGUUUCUUUUCUGUUAUAUAUAUACUGUUUUAUUAUUCGUAGAUUAAUCACUUUUUCUCUUCAUGUUUAUUUGUAUUAGACACUUUUAUUGAAAUUUAGUAAUAAAUAUGUGAAGUUCAUUAUACGAGUAUACAUAAUUAAUAUAAUUAGCGCCUAGAGUACAGGCUUAAUUUCCGCACUGGAGUUUCGCAAGCGUUUAAGGCGCUCAUAUUUUUUUUUUUUUUUGCGUUGUAGAAAGUGAAAACUCGACAACCUACAGAUGUAAACUCAAAGAGUAUUUUUAUGCUUAAUAUUAACAAUUACGUUAUAUUUAAUGGUAGCUUGUAAACAUGUAAAUUCAAAUGAAUACCAAUCUAACAUUUGCAAUUGAAGCAUUAUCGAAAUAACUAAAUAAAUGGCGUUCACUACCAGUAAGUUUAUGUGAAAAAUUCGU